UUGAGAGGACAGCUGGGGCUUCUUCCUUAAUGACCUCAGCGUCCACCGCUCCAUUUUUUUGCCUCUUCUUUUAACAUAAUUCAUUGAUGACCCAACUGCUGUCGCACGAUUCUCAGUCCUUUCUGGGCGAGACUUGUGCAUUCUACCUGACUUACUUUAAAAACAAGUUUCCCACGUCCCUCAACACCAUUCAAGACAAAUUCGUCGCAACCAUCUCUGCUGAAACGCCUUUGUCCUUGCGCUCCCUUGGGCCCCCACCAACUUGGAUCACCGAAAACACUUUCGCCGCCGACAAUCUUACACUUGCUGCUACCAUCCUUGCUUGCGCACUAGCAGUAGCCAUUAUGUCCUGGCGCUCUCCGUUCAGUAACCUCUUCCGUCGCUCUCCACAGUAUUCCACGGUCUCCAAUACGCCGCAAGUCAGCGAUAGCGAUUACAGUUACAUCGUCGAUGGUGCGGCAGGCACAUAUGGAAAUCAAGACGACAAUGCGCCAGACACACUUCUCCUUAAACACAAAAGGAACGCAUAUGAGUUGAAUUUCCCGGCAUACGCCAUUAAUGAUGGGACGCUCAGCGUUCGCGAAUUGAGGCGGCGAGCUGCAGAAGCGACAGGCGCUCCCGACCCAAAGCGGGUCAAGCUACUCUACAAGGGCAAGCUUUUGGACGACGAUGACCUAUCCUGUCGGGAUGAGGGGCUCAAACAACAGUCGGAGGUGCUAUGCGUGGUAUCGGAGGUUGGAGAGAGCACCCCUAGCGAGGGGUCCGACGCGGAGGAUAAGGCCAGCGACUCGGCGCCUGCGGAUGAUGCGCCCCGGCCAAAGAGGAUUCGCAACCGGAAUAAGAACAAGAAGAACAAGAAUAAGAGAAAGAACAAGGAUGGCGCUGACACUCUCGCGCGGCCCACCGACCAGAAACCCUCUGCAUCCCCCAGCAGAUCGACGCUGCCAGCGCAAGCUCCCAACCUCAAAGCCUUCAGCACCCCACUUGAACAAGCACAGGCACUUUCAGCAUACUUUCAAAGAGAGCUGCUGCCACUUUGCGAUGAAUAUAUUGCCAAUACCCCGACCGAUCCUAAGUCGCGUGAAUUUGAGCAUGCGAAGUUGAGCGAGACGAUUCUGGCGCAAGUGAUUCUUAGGGCAGAUGGCAUUGAGCCCGAUGGGAACGUCGACGCUCGAAACGCGCGCAAGGCACUGGUCAAGGAAGCGCAGUCCACCCUCACCAAACUGGAUCAAGCAAAGGCAUGAUUGGCUAGCGCCUCACCGGUUCGAUGUUUGCUGUACAUUUUUUAUGUUACCAAGUUUAUAGCUAAUCACUUGAUGUCCUCAUCCAUCAUUGUAUAUGUCAUGAACAUAUUGGCAGAUAUUGUUGCUUGAUAUGAAUAUAGAAUCCGCGUCAUACUACCAUACUACAGUGCGCAUUAAAUGCAUCAUGAUGGUUCCUUCCAUGGCACUUACCCCUUUGGGUUGUGUAUCUGGAAGAUCCUACAUAGCCUUUAGCACUUAUUCUGAUCUUCCAGUGAUGUAUGAUUAGAUACUGUCGAUCGUAAUCAAAUUACUACUAGACAAAGGCCACGUGGGCCUAAGCUAGAUGAUCAAUGAGGAGUGUUUAUGCUGUGGCA